CUGACACGCCACUUGUUAUUUUAGACAGACGCCCAGCUUUUCUCCGCAGUUGCGCUUCCCGCGAGGUAAUCUAGUCUUCUGCUCAUCGAGGGGUGAUUUUUUGAAACCCCCCAAAUUAAACAUGCGACUCUGCUGCGCCCUAUAAGCAUCCUGGGAGCUGCUGCUUCACCAAUCAAUCGGUGCGCUCCCUCCACAGCUGCAGCCCGCGUCCGAGUGGAGAGCUUCAGUCUCGCUUCACCUCUGGAUACUGGGGCUCCCCUCUACCAUGUCAUAUCCACAAUUCGGAUAUCCAUACUCGUCUGCGCCACAGUUCCUGAUGACCACCAACUCUCUGACCACUUGCUGCGAGUCCACCGGCAGAUCCAUAGCCGACUCCGGCGUGGCGGCGUCCGGCCAGACUCCGGUCUACUGUCCGGUGUACGAGAGCCGGCUGCUGGCCACCGCCAGACACGAGCUGAGCUCCGCUGCCGCCCUCGGCGUCUACGGCAGCCCGUACCCCGGCAGCCAGGGCUACGGGAACUACGUGACUUACGGGACGGACGCUUCGGCGUUCUACUCGCUGGGAACGUUCGACACUAAAGAUGCCACCGCUUCUGCGCAUGCGGGACUCACCCAGGCAACCGCCUACUACCCCUACGAUCCGACCCUGGGACAGUAUCAGUACGACAGAUACGGCACCAUGGAUGGUGGCACGAGGCGGAAGAACGCCACGCGCGAGACCACCAGCACGCUGAAGGCCUGGCUGCAGGAGCACCGCAAGAACCCGUACCCCACCAAAGGAGAGAAGAUCAUGCUGGCCAUCAUCACCAAGAUGACCCUGACGCAGGUCUCCACCUGGUUCGCCAACGCCAGGAGGAGGCUGAAGAAGGAGAACAAGAUGACCUGGCCGCCGAGGAACAAGGGCUCGGAGGAGAAGAGAUACGACGACGACGAGGACGGAUCUCAGGAGGAGCAGAUAAAAAGCGAGAGCAACGAUGAAGAAAGCAGGACCCGGGCUAACAAGGACCUGCAGCUGAGCGACCUGGAGGACUUCGACGCUCUGGAGUCCGAGAACUCCGAGUGCGAGCUGAAGCAUCGGUACCACAUGAACGCACACAUGACCACCACCAACGACUGCCCCUCUGACAUGAAGAUGUCCAUCCCGGUGUCUCUGGGUGGGGAGCAGCAGGACUUGAGCAAGAGCUGCCUGAAAAGCAGCCCGGACGACUUCCAGUCGGACAGCCGGCAGCAGCAGCAGGCCAAAGUGUGCUACCAGCAGCAGAUUUUAGACGGUAAACCCCGCAUCUGGUCCCUGGCCCAGACCGCGACGUCCCUCAACCAGACUGAGUACCCAUCCUGCAUGCUGAGGAACCAGCUGCCCCCCUCCUCACUGACCCCAUCCCCUGCUGCUACCUCGCCCGCAUCCGGCCUGGACAACAGGCAGGACUCGCCGGUCACGACCCUGAGGAACUGGGUGGACGGGGUCUUCCACGACCCUUUGUUCAGACACAGCACUUUGAGCAACACGCUGAGCCACACCAGCGUCUCCUGGAGCAGCAAAGGCUCCGUGCUAGAAGCAGAGAAGAGCUCCGGGCCCCUGGACGCCACGAAAGACAUGAGCUUCCCUAAAACGAUCAACAAACUCUUUUGUUCGUAACCAAAUCUUUCAAAAACAUCAAGACUCUUCCACGUGUUUCUUUACAUUGGCGCUGCAAGUGAAAAUAUUUUUGCCUUUUUCUAUCCAACGCACGCACAAAACUGAAAUGUAUGUUUACAUGAGAGCGGCCUCGAGACGUGUCGGCUAUUUAUUAUGAUUGUUAUUAUUUAUUUUCGACUUUCAUAUGCGCAUGCAAAUGUGAUCGACUACUAUGGCAAAGCGUCACUAUUUAUGGAGAAAAAAAGUCACUCAAAUGCACAGCUCGAGGAGCCAUUCAACUUUGUUCACGGAAAAAAAUAAAAGCAAGUCGGUUGCCGAGGUUGCUGUCCAUGGUGCUGGCGGUCGAGAACCUGUUAAUGUCUGUGUGGAAAGGUUGCUGGAGCUAAUCCCGUUACCUCUCCGGGAGACUUCAGGGCAGUGGAGUGAGACUUUAAGGACGGA